AUGGAAUCCCCGAACUCAUCGCGUCGUCCGUCUGUAGCGCGACCAACGAACGAGCCGGCCUCCGCUCUCGCAACCCGCUCCACCGUCUCCUCCGCACCUCCCGCCGCCACUGACGGCAUCUCCGGCGUCGCAUUGAUGGACGGCCCGAUCUCUGCGUCGUUGAAUCUUGGCCGCUCGAAUCCGGGACGUGCGGUGCCGGGCAGCCGGAUAGUGAAAGAAGAAGCCGCCGAGGACCGUAGGGCAGGGAAACGGGCAGCCGAAGAGAUGGGGGAGGAUAGUGAGGAGGAGAGCGAAGGGGAAGCGGAGGAGGGAGGAGAGGGAGCGGAGGGAGCGGAGGGAGCGGAGGGAGUGGAGGGAGAGGAGGGAGUGGAGGGAGAGGAGGGAGUGGAGGGAGAGGAGGGAGAAGAGGGAGAAGAGGGAGGCGCGACGGCGAGUCAAGCCCGGAAUGGAAGUAGGGGGGCGUUAAAGGGGAAGGGGAAGGGAAAGGUGAAGGGGACGGGGGAGGCGAAGGGGGAGGCGGAGGGAAAGUCGACGGCGGAGGGGAAGCAGAAGCGGGAAUGUUCGAUUGAAGCGGAGGUGUGCUCCAUUUGCCUUGAUGCCGUCGAUGUGUGCUCCAUCGAACGGUCCACAGCACGGCUGAAAUGCGGGCACGGGUUCCAUCUAGAUUGCAUCGGCUCUGCAUUUAACGCCAAGCGCCGCAUGCCGUGCCCCAACUGCCGCAGCGAGGAGCCCCACUCUCACCUCUACUUGCGCAUUUUUUCCGUUGUGUUUUCUCGCCCCUCUCCCCACACAGACUGCAUUGGAUCCGCCUUCAACGCCAAGCGCCGCAUGCAGUGCCCCAACUGCCGCAGCGAGGAGCACGGCCACUGGCUCUUCCCCUUCCCCCCUUCCGCCUCCGCCCCCUCUCCACCCCCCCUCCCCGCCUCCUUCUCCGAUCUUGCUGCUGCUGCCGCUGCUGCUCACGAAUUCCAGGCUACUUUCGGGGGAGGGUUUACUGGUGCAGUUGGGAGGGAGAGGAGAGGAGGGGCAGGCUUGGAGUGGGGGGGAGAAGGGGCGGGGUGGAGGGAAGCAGGGGUGGGGUGGGGGGAAGUAGGGGAGGGAGGAGGCGCGGGGUGGGUGCAGGCUGGGGAGGAGAGGGGGAGAGAGGUGCAGUGGUGGCGGGGGUGGGGGAAUUCUGGGGAAGAGUACACAGAGGAUGACUAUGCUAUAUCGGAGCAUGCUAUAGAGGAGGAGUAUGCUGUAUCGGAGCAUGCUAUAGAGGAGGAGUAUGCUACAUCGGAGCAUGCUAUAGAGGAGGAGUAUGCUGCAUCGGCGAUUGCUAUAGAGGAGGCAUUGGAGGGUGGGCUGAUGAUGACUCGGCCAUGGAUUCAUCAUGACAUGUACCACCCUGGCGAGCGCGCCUUUCGUGGUGCCUACACAGACGCCAAUAGCCCGUUGAUCACGGCCGGGCAUUUCUGGUCGGGGUAUGAUUCGGAUCCUUACAGUUACUACCAUCCGCCACAGCAUGCCGUGGCCUCCAUGCGCUCCCUGCCUGAUGAGG